UGUGUGAAGAAGCUUGUAUAUUAUUUAGAUAUUAAAAUUUAUUUAUAAGAUAUGGUAUGCUGAUUUUUGCUAUUGUUAUCAAGCUAAAUAUCACGAAUUAUUUAUAUAAAUAAUGACAAAGGAUGAGGAAGGGAAAAACAUUUCGAGUUCGGAGGACGAGAUGUUUAUAAAUAACGUGAAGGAUGUGAUUGAUCAACAGUUUUUGAAUGACGAUCUUUAUAAUAAAGAGAAAACUGAAGUUUUUCAAUCCAAACUCGAGACUAAUCAGCCACAUGGAAAGUCUUUAAGAGUGAAUUCCGAGCAAGAGGACACAUUUAUGAAUUUUGGUAUUAGUGCAACGUUCCAGAAUUUUGUGGCUAAGAAGUUAGAUAAGCUUUUGGAAGGAACCAUCAAGUUAAAAGACAAGAAAAAUACUGAAUGCUCUUUGGAACAUAAACGGAAGGAACAUAAAAGUACGGGGAUAAAACUCUUGAGUACGUCAACAACAUAUUUAAACACAGAAAUUACAGAAGCACAUGCGGACUGUGGAAAGAAGUUCAAAAGGAAAAAAUAUAAAAUUAUAGAAGAUGACGAUGCUUUGCUUAAAUUUCGAGAGGCUGCUGUAGAUUCAGAACGUAUAUUGAGCAAAUCCUAUACGGAAGCAUGGGUCAAUAGACGGCCCGAGCCAGAUUUUAAAUAUAAAAGAUUGAAAAAUGGUAUUUUGGUCGAGCAAGCAUAACCUUAAUUUUCUGCGAAUUUAUAUGUGCUUCUAUUAAGCUCCAUUAAAUCUCUUUGUGUGGAUCAUUAGACAUUUCUGUCAUAA